GAAUUUAUAAUGUUUAAAAACAUGGCUUAAGUUAGGCUUUCCACACCUUCAUGAUGUUGUUGCUAACUACAGACAUUUUGCAUGUUCCAGGCUGGUGCCAUGCUGCGUGUUCAAUCUACCCCUCAGCUCCACGGCAAGCCUGUCUACAAGUCACAGGAAGAGCAAUAUGACGAGAUCCAACUCCUGCGUUACCGAGCGGCCGAUCUCCGGGACGACAAUCAGCUGUUGCGCGGUCAGCUGGCUAAAUGUCGCGAGGAGCUCUCAAAGCGUCACCGAGAGACGGAGAAACGACUGGAGGAGGCCGCCGCCAAGUCAGAGACGGGCAGCACCAGUGGAAUCUGCGGCGGCGGCACCAACACCAGCACCAGUGCCACCGUCACCAGCCUGAAGCUGCGGCUGUUCCGUCUGGAGCAGGUCCUCAAAGAGAAGGAGGAGGAGGUUCGCAGACUGAGGGCCGAUACUCGCACUGUGCGGCUCAAGGAGCUGAAACUGCAGGUGCAGGUGUACUACAGAGAGCUGUUGCGGCUGCGUCGCCAGCUGUCUGAUCGUCGCCGUGACCUGGGCCCCGGCCCGGGACUGGGUCACGGCUCACCCUCCGACCUGGCCCUGGUCACCGGCGAGGCGCGGCGACUGAGAAGGGAGAACCGACGUCUGAAGGCCCAGCUGGGAGACACGGAGACACUGCCUGAGGCAAUCAGAGUUUGGUUCACUGCACUCGGGUAGCACCUCUGUCGUCUUGGCUAGUGAAACACGAGGGCACCAGCCGGACAGACCUGAUUCUGACGGUGGAGUCUCUCGAGGCUAGCGUGAGACGAUCGGAGGCAGACUAUCAGCUGUUGCUCAAACAAUCGAGUAGACAUCAGAGGGCCAAGGAAGAGCAUGAGCGCCAGAGGCAGAGGGAAGAGCGGCGGAGAGAGGAAGAGGAGCGGCGGAGAGAGUCGGCAGAGCGGGAGAGAGAGCAGUACCGCUCUGCCGUUCAGAGGUGGAAACGGGAGAGCCAGGCGGCUGAUGCCAGUCUGCAACGUCAGAACGCCGAGCUGCUGAGUCGCGUGGAGCACCUCCAGGAGGAGCUCCUGCGCGUCUCCUCCAGUCCUCUGACACCGUCCUCCUCCCAGACCCCCCGUCGGGUCCU